GUGAUUGGGUGUGGUAACUCAGAGCUAAGCGAACAGCUGUAUGAUGUGGGCUAUCAGGAUAUAGUGAACAUUGACAUCAGUGAGGUGGUCAUCAAGCAGAUGAAGGAACGCAAUGCCAGCCGCCGGCCCCAGAUGAGCUUCUUGAAGAUGGACAUGACCCAGAUGGAGUUUGCCGACGCUUCAUUCCAGGUGGUGUUGGACAAGGGCACCCUGGACGCUGUGCUGACAGAUGAGGAGGAGAAGACCCUGCAACAAGUGGACAGGAUGCUGGCUGAGGUUGGCCGUGUCCUGCAGGUGGGCGGUCGCUACCUCUGCAUCUCCCUGGCUCAGGCUCACGUCCUGAAGAAAGCAGUGGGUCACUUCUCUCGGGAGGGGUGGAUGGUGAGGGUGCACCAGGUGGCCAGCAGCCAGGACCAGGUGUUGGAAGCAGAGCCUCGGUUCUCCUUGCCUGUGUUUGCCUUCAUCAUGACCAAGUUCAGGCCGGGCCCUGGCUCUGCCCUUCAGAUCUUUGAGCUCUGUGCUCAGGAGCAGGGCAAGCCUGUGCGGCUGGAGAGUGCCGAGCGGCUGGCCGAGGCGGUGCGGGAGCGGCAGCAGUAUGCCUGGCUGUGCGGCCAGCUGUACCGCAAGGCCGGGCUGGGGAGUGUCUCUCUGGACUUGUGCGAUGGGGACACAGGGGAGCCACGCUACACCCUCCACGUGGUGGACAGCCCCGCUGUGAAACCAUCGCGGGACAAUCAUUUUGCCAUUUUCAUCAUCCCCCAGGGUCGCGAGACCGAGUGGCUCUUUGGCAUGGAGGAGGGUCGGAAGCAGCUGGCAGCCAGCGCAGGCUUCAGGAGGCUGAUCACCGUGGCCCUUCACCGAGGUCAGCAGUACGAAGUGCCCUUUCUGUCUGUGGGUGGGGACAUUGGGGUCCGGACCGUUCAGCACCAAGCCUGCAGUCCCUUGAGUGGCAACUAUGUCGUCGAGGACGUGCAGGGGGAUGACAAGCGCUACUUCCGGCGGCUGAUCUUCCUCAGCAACAGGAAUGUGGUGCAGUCAGAAGCUAGGUUGCUGAAGGAUGUGUCCCACAGAGCCCAGAAGAAGCGGAAAAAGGACAGGAAGAAGCAGCGGCCCGCUGACACUCCAGAGGACCUCCCUGCAGCCCCGGGGCAGUCCAUUGACAAGAGUUACUUGUGCUGUGAACACCACAAAGCAAUGAUUGCUGGCCUUGCCCUGCUGAGAAGCCCGGAGCUGCUCCUAGAGACCCCACUGGCAUUGUUGGUGGUAGGCCUGGGCGGGGGCAGCCUCCCCCUGUUUGUCCAUGAUCAUUUCCCGAAGUCCUGCAUUGAUGCUGUGGAGAUCGACCCCUCCAUGUUGGAGGUGGCCACCCAAUGGUUUGGCUUCUCCCAGAGCGACCGGAUGAAGGUCCACAUUGCAGAUGGCCUGGACUAUAUUACCAGCCUGGCAGGAAGAGAAGUGCGGCCCCACUACAGCGUCAUCAUGUUUGACGUAGACAGUAAGGACCCAACACUGGGGAUGAGUUGUCCGCCGCCGGCUUUUGUGGACCAGCCUUUCCUGCAGAAGGUCAAAAGCAUCUUGACUCCUGAAGGUGUCUUUAUCCUCAACCUUGUGUGCCGAGACUUGGGGCUGAAGGACUCAGUGCUGACCGGGCUCAAGGCCGUGUUCCCUCUCCUGUAUGUCCGGCGAAUUGAAGGUGAAGUAAACGAGAUCCUGUUCUGUCAGCUGCACCCGGAGCAGAAACUUUCCACACCAGAGCUCUUGGAAAUGGCCCAGGCCUUGGAGCAGACCCUGCGGAAGCCUGGGAGGGGGUGGGAUGACACCUACAUACUGUCAGAGAUGCUCAAGACUGUGAAGAUCGUGUGA